AUGAUUUCUAUCGCACCUCGCGCCAUUGGCGUUGCCGUGCUGAUGAUGGCUCAUAACGCCAUGACAGCAACCCCGCAAGCUGAAAAUGUCGCCGUCCAGGCCCGUGACAUUUGGGACGGAUCCGACCCCUAUAGCGCAGGAUACGAUAAACGUUCUUUCAGCCAGCGCUCCCUCGAGGAUGAUGAGGUGGCAGCCCGAGCUAGAGAUGUUCUGCAGGCCCGAUCCGAUCUAGCCCAGGUUAACAAGCGGUUUAUUAUGCACGCCAUAAAAGGUAUUCUAAAGGGCGCUGUCAAGGCCACAAAGAGCGACGGUCCAUGCUAUGGCAAGGGCCCGAAGUGCUACAAGAAGGAGAAGGCGCUGCAGGAGAAGAAGGCGAGAGAGAAGAAGAAUCCGAAGCCGAAGCCAAAGCCGAAGGAAAAGAAGAAGCCAAAGGGGAAGAGUAAGGGGAAGAAAGGGAAGAAAGGCGAGACGGAGUGA